AUGCAGCGCAGUGCUAGUUACACAUACACACAGGCCAUGGCCUCGCAACAGCCCAGAUACACAACAGCACAUUCGACUAGUUCAGCAUUCAGUGCCUCUGCUAACCCCAACGAGGACUGGACUAAGAUAUCAGAUCUUGCUGAGAGGAGAAGAAUACAGAACAGGAUCGCCCAGCGGAACUACCGUAAGAAGCUCAAGAGAAGGCUUGAGGAUCUCGAGCGUCGCGCUGGGUCUUCUUCUGCUUCUCCUGAGGCUCAGCACUCAGAGCUUGCUUCAAUCGCAUCGUCCAAGGAUUCCAAGUCACACCCGAUGACCAGGGAAUCCUCCAAGCACAGCCUGUCUGGCGAGGCUCCUCAGCUUUCACCAGAGAUACUUCCACUCGACGAGCACUCUGUACCAUUUGACACAUCGAGAUCUUUCUCCCUGUCAUCAUCAACUGCGUACUCAAACUAUCCUCCAACCACAUCAUACCUGCAGCACGAGUACCAACAUUCGCCUUCGUACCAUACCGCUCAGCAGAACUACUUCUACGAGUACCAAUACCCAACAGAUUACAGCCACUCGUUACCGCCUACUCUUCCCACAAUGCUUCCAUCAAACUACGCCACCAAGCAAGAGCCUGUCUUCGGCGAAGACGACUUGAUGAAUUCCUUUUCCAUGAACUACGCAUCACUGGCGGGUCUCGAUGUGCCAUCAAGUCAAGCGUAUGCGAGCCCCAGCUCUCAGUCUCAUGUAAUUCUCACCACCCCCAUCACCCAUCUCCGCAGCCCGAGCUAUUUCUAA